AUGGCACCGUGUUUGGCGGAAGAAGAAAUUUCUCCUGCAAUGAUGGCUAGAAGUUCUAUUAUUCUUAAGCCUCCAACUCAGGGAGCUGUUUCUACUUUGCACAUGAUUCAUUGCUUUCACUUAGUUGAUUUUCCCAAAAGCCUAAUCAGUUAUGUUACUGGAAAAUGCUCGAAAAUUGGAUACUUUCUUACAAUGCAUCCAGGAGUUAACUGUAUAAGUUUCAAUGGUGGAGGUUUGUCUGUUUACCAAAAGGAUUUUGAGAAGCAUUUUCUUGAAAUUUCUGCAACUUUUUAUUUUCGUGCGUCCCAUAAAUUCAUUGAAUCAUGUGAUUGUGGGGAUUAUUUGAGAACCGUAUGUGAUUUUACUGCCUAUGAUUUAGACAAUCAAAAGGGUGUUAAUCGCUUUCACUUUGAUACUAAAGUGAUUUUGCAAAAUUUAGCGGACACAUAUCAGCCUCCAUUUCGUAUUUACGUUGAGCAACGACGAGCUCGUGGGAUAAUGUGUGCUGCUAACCGUGUAAAUGGUGUUCCAAGUUGUGUUGAUUACAAUCUCUUAACUAAAAUUCUUAGAAAACAAUGGGGAUUCCAAGGUUAUAUUGCAUCAGAUUGUGGAGCUGUUGUGAUUAUACAUGACCAGCAAGGUUACACAAAAUCAGCAGAAGAAGUUGUAGCUGAUGUUAUGCAAGCUGGGAUGGAUUUGGAAUGUGUAACUUAUUUAACAGACCAUGCAAAAUCAACAGUGCAGCAUAAUCAGUUACCAAUAUAUCAAAUAGAUAGUGCUACUCACAAUCUAUUUUCAAUUAGAAUAAGGCUAAUUUUAUUUGGAGGAAAUCCAACCAAGCUUCCAUUUGGAAUGAAUGGUCCAAACCACCUCUGUUCUAAAAAUCACUUAUAUUUAGCUCUUGAAGCUACAAGAAACAACAUUAUCCUUUUAAAGAAAAUUGUUUCACUUCUUCCACUUCUAAAAACCAGUAGCAUUUUCUUAGCAGUGAUAGGUCCUAAUGCCAAUGAUGCACCUUUAACUCUUCUAAGAAACUAUGUCGGUCCUCCUUGUAAAUCUAUCACUAUACUCCAAGGGUUUUGGCAUUAUGUUAAGGAAGUUGUUUUUCAUCCUGGAUGUGAUGGUGGACCAAAGUGUCCUUCAACACAAAUAGACCAAGCAGUGGAAGUUGCAAAGUUCAAGCAAUGGGAUCCAGGUACAUUAAUGCUAGGAACAAUAUCUCUAUUCUUAUAUUGA